AUGAGGGAACAAGAUGGUGUUGGCAGUCAGGCAUGGAGGCAGUUUAGUUUUAAAACUGGAGCAUCUGUCACCAUCCCGUGUCGUUAUGAUAGGACAUAUAUACAACAUAAGAAAUACUGGUGCUUUCACGCUUCUGCAGCAUACAAUUACUGCAAAAUUCAGGCGUAUGCCAAUGAGACACAGGGGAAAGUGACAGUGACUGAUAACCCAGCUGAGAGUCUCUUUACUGUGACUAUGAAUAAUCUCCAGACAGAAAACACUGGAACGUACUGGUGUAUUGUAGAGAUAAGUGGAAUAUUCUAUCCAGAUGUUACAGAAACACUUUAUAUCACAUUAAAAUCAGAUCCUGAUCUGUCUGUGAUGGAGAGCAGAGUGAGUGGUGAGGAAGGAGGCAGCGUCACAGUCCAGUGUCUCUACAGCGCUGCGUAUCGGAAUAAAACGAAGCAGUGGUGUAGAUUUAUAGACAGCCGCUGCAACAAUAUGGGGAGGACUGCCACAUCCCAGAAGUCAGCAGUGAACCUCAGUGACGAUGGGAGAGGAUCCUUCAGUGUGCAGAUGAGUGGACUGAAGAAGAGUGAUGCUGGCUGGUACUGGUGCAGUGCAGGAGAUCUGCAGGUUCCUGUUCACAUCAGUGUCGGUGAUCCACCUCCAGGUAUUAUCACAUACACUGACCUCUACUUUAACAAAUGAAAAUCACAAUCAUGAUUAUUUUUCUUUUUCUUAGAUGUGACUGCAGGACUGACUACAGCAGUGACUACAGUGACUACAACCAGUGUAGCAGUGACUACAACCACUCACCAUGUCAGUAUUUACACGUAAGUAGGAAAGCUCCAUUGUAUUUAUCCAUGCUGUUGUCCUCUGCAGUUUUACAGAUUUUCUAUAUUUAUUAACUUAUUCAAAUAAGAAUGUGUUCUUAAUGUACAAAACCAACACCCUGUUAUUGAAUAUUUUAACCGGUACAUAAGAUAUUAUCUUGCUAGUUCUGCUUUCUCAUGUCAUACGAGCUUAAAUGCACUGAACAUUUAAUAAUGUAUUUUUUAUGAGUCUGUGAUGUGAGUGGAUUAAAUUAAACUGUAUACUAAAUUCUGAGCUUGAAAUAGCAAAUUAAGCAUGAAUAAAAUAGCUAAAUCUUACACAUUGAUUAUAAUCCUGUAGCCACAUUAAAUGAAACUGCACAUGGAUUACUGUGCACAAGAAAACUAUUAAUCUUUUAGUGACUUUUCCAGGGUUCUCUACACAUUCUCUACACAUGGGAUCUCAAACUAGGGGUCUCUUGACUUCCUAAUGUAAGAGCUAAUCAAGAGUUAGCUAGCAGAUGGGGACUGAAAAAUUACCCUAUGCAUAUGUAUGAAGGAAAACAUUUUAAAUGGUCAAGCUUUACUUUCUGACUUUUUCUUUCAUGUUUUAAACAGAUCUGGAUCGAAGCACAGUUCAGGUGGAGUCAGAUGGACAUGUUUCAGAAAAUUAGUGCAAUUGUUCUUCUUAACACAUUUCUAACUGUUGUUAUUUCUCACCCACAGCAACAUCUGUGACCAGCGCCACAUCAGAUUCUAGCGGUGAUGACACCAUGUGAGUGCAAACACACACUUAUUCUUUCUUGUAGAACAUGUUGAACACAUUUAGGUUAUGAUGUUGUUCUCUGCAGUUUUACAGAGAUUUAAAUUGAUUCUCUUAUUCAAAGAUGAACAUGUACUUAGUUACGAUAGUCUCUGUGAAUACAAUCAGAGACACUCGUAACAUUAGCCGCAUUAGCCGUGGACUUUGCUAACAAGCACGUUUGGAAAAGCGAUUUACAAACAUUCACAAUAUAUAAAGUGCGAUACUUGCGUCUUCUGGAUAUGAAGCCGGAUCAUGAACAGCUGGUACUGAUCCAUUCUUGAGAAUCAAGUUUUCAGCAAAUCCUGCUUUGUAUUGACCCUCGUUCACAAAGCAGCCUGGUGUCAAAUGAUUCCAACAACCAUAUACGAAUUUAAGUUUCCAUCAAAAAUAAAACUUCUGCACUACAUCUUCAGUGGCUCUGAUGCCGGGAGUACACGAAGACUCUCAUGUUCAAAGCUUAUGAAGCUGAGACGUUCCUCUUAUCCCUAUAGCUGCUCCAGCCCGGAAAACCCGGCUCACUGUGUGCAGCUCGCUCAGAGGAGGAUUUAUGCUAAUAGGUCAGAGUCCGUCACCAGUUGUGGGCGGGGCCUGUUCAGCAGAAAACGCGAACGACUCAUUUUGAGACACUGUUUAUGAUUUAUGGAAAAUAUUUAAAAAAUAGUGUUUGGAUUUUUACCAUUAUAGGGUGGUUGUGUACACACACUGCCGACACACAUUUAUGUUCAAACGCCAUGUAAAAGUGAAUUUUGCAUAAUAGGUCCCCUUUAAGAGAUCAUGUAAGAGGAAGAAAUGAUUACAUAUCGUUGUUGGAGACAGACAUAAAUUACGUGUCAUUUCAGGACAUUUUUGUUUUUGUUUCAGAAAGCCAGUGCAGUUCUGUCUUGCACAGAAUUGAAGGACGUGAUGUUGGUGGGACUGAAAAUUUAAGAAGCUGGCGCUUAUUCAGUUAUUUUUUUUUAUUAAAACAGCACGGUUAGUCAUGUGUUAAUCCUUUCAUAUCGUUUAGAACACAGUGUCCCACAUUUCCCCUUAAAGAUCGAUAAGUACAUCUACAGUGCCCUCCAAUAAAAUUGGCACCCUUGGUAAAUAUGAGCAAAGAAGCCUGGGAAAAAUUGUCUUUAACCUUUUGUUUAAAAAAAAAAUCACAAAAAUACUCUCAUGGAUAUCAAUCAAUUGCAAACACAACUCGAGUUUGCAACAAUUACUGACAACCUUUUAGUCAAUACUUUGUGCUACCUCCCUUUGCCAAGAUAACAGCUCUGAGUCUUCUCCUAUAACGCCUGAUGAGGUUGGAGAAUACAUGGCAAGGGAUCUGAGACCAUUCCUCCAUACAGAAGCUCUCCAAGAUCCUACAAAUUCCGAGGUCCAUACUGGUGGACUCUCCUCUUCAGUUCACCCCACAGGUUUUCUAUGGGUUUCAAGUCAGGGGACUGGGAUGGCCAUGGCAGGACCUUGAUUUUGUGGUCAGUAAACCAUUUUUGUGUUGAUUAUGAUGUAUGUUUUGGAUCAUUGUCCUGCUGCAAGAUCCAACCACGGCCCAUCUGUAUCCUUACAAAAUAUCCAGGUCCUCUGGCAGGAAAACAGCCCCAAAACAUUAAAGAUCUACCACUAUAUUUAACCGUGGGCAUGAGGUACUUUUCCAUAUGGCUACCUCUCUGUGUGCUCCAAACCACCUCUGGUGUUUAUUACCAAAAUGCUCUAUUUUAGUUUAAUCUGAGCAUAGAACCCGAUCCCAUCUGAAAGUCGUACGUCUGGCAAACUGAAGACGCUUGAGUUUGUUUUUGGAUGAGUGUAGAGCAGGUGUGUCAGACGUACGGACCGCGGGCCAAAACCGGCACGCUAGGGGGUUCAAUCCGGCCCGCAGGAUGAAUUUUGAAAAUGAGCAAAAUGCAUAUAAACACGAACUGGAAAUUUUUAAUAAAAUGCUAUUCAUAAAAUUAUCCGCUAGGGGCGCACUGUUUUAGUCAGAGUAGAAAACGCGGCACAAUUCUGGGACUCAGACCGAACAGCAGAUGGCAGCAAUGUGUCUUCUGCUGUUUGUUAUUACUGUGCAGUCUAACCUAUUUGCUACUCGCCCCCACACCCUCAUUAGCCAACAUGUCUUUGUCAAAAAGGAGAAAAGUGGAUACAGAGUGUAGUUUUCCAAGAAAAAUGGAGUGCAAUACUAUAUUUUUCAGUUCCAAAUACCUGUGACUUAAAGUUUUUUACAUUUGUACAAACACUGUGUCCAGUUGUAAUGCACACAUGUAUAUGAUAAUCAGAAGCAAAUUGCAGAAAAAUCGGAGGUUGUUCAUGAUAUGUUUUGUAAAAGGAUAUUUCAUUAAAUAUGAAGAUUUUCCUAAUGUACUUGUACUUCUUUGCACGAAAACAAAGGGAAAGGGACUUAUUGUUAUAGGUUCUUAUGCUAUGGUUUUAUAGGCCAGGCCCACUUUACAUCUAAUUAUGCUGUAUGUGCCCCUGAACUAAAAUGAGUUUGACACCGGUGGUGUAGAGGCUUUUUUCAUGAAACCCUUCCAGACAACUUGUUCCUAAACAAUUCCUGUUCCUUGUCACCCAGGUGUACUAAAAAUGUGUAUAUAUAUUGUAUAUAUCAAUGGGAAUAUACUAUAAUAUCUAUCUAUCUAUCUAUCUAUCUAUCUAUCUAUCUAUCUGUCUAUCUAUCUA